AUGGCGGAUGUGGAGAAACCAGAAGCCAUACAGGCUGAGGCGACGCCCAAGAACACGGAAGAUGCAGUAUCUGAGCUCAAAAAGACCCUCACAGUCGACACAAUUCACAACGAUGAGGCGAUGAAAGUUCUUGCUAAUUACACUGGCGAGGAAACGUGGGACGAGAAGGAGGAAAAGAAAGUCCAGAGGAAGAUCGAUCGCCGGCUGCUUCCCAUCCUCUGCGCCACGUACGGGCUACAGUAUUAUGACAAGGCCAUGCUCUCGCAAGCGGCACUUUUCGGGCUCCGCACUGAUCUCAACCUCAGCGUGGGCAACCGCUAUUCUUUCUCCGCGUCCAUCUUCUAUCUGGGCUUCAUCGUUGGUGCAUACCCUGCCAUCGUCAUGGCCCAACGCUUCCCCAUUGAGCGGGUUGCUUCAGGUAUCGUCUGCGUCUGGGGUAUUUGCUUGAUGUGCACUGCGGCCUGCCACAACUGGCAGAGCCUCUACGCCCAGCGAUUUUUCUUGGGCUUUUUGGAGUCCGGAAUCAGUCCGAUGUUCAUGUUGGUCGUGGGACAGUUUUACAAGAAAAACGAGCAGGCGUUGCGGAUGGGAGCCUGGUACUGUUGCACCGGUUACGUCUCGAUUGUCUCUCCCCUGAUCAACUAUGGCCUCGGCCACAUCAAGGGUUCUCUCUCUCCCUGGCGCUACAUGUACUUAGUAGCAGGAGCUCUCACCAUAAUUUGGUCCGUGGUCAUCCUCUUCUUCAUGCCUCCUGACCCGAUUCGGGCACGGGGCUUCACCGAACGGGAACGAUACAUCGCCGUGGCCCGCCUGCGGAUCAACAACGCGGGCGUCCGCAACACUCACUUCAAAGUGGAACAACUCUGGGAACUCCUGCUCGACGUGAAAUUCUGGAUAAUUUUCAGCAUGGCGUUCCUCGUCAUGAUUGCGAAUGGACCCGUGUCGACCUUUACCCCGAUCAUCAUUGCCAGUUUCGGAUUCAACACGCUGAACUCGCUGCUGCUGGUCAUGCCCGCGGGCGCGAUCAUCGGGACCAUCGAAUGGGUGGCACCGUACAUUGCGUACAAGUUCCCCGGCAUGAGAGCGUACCUGGUAACCAUCUGCGAGAUGGGCACGAUCUUGGCCAGUCUCCUGCUUUGGCUGUUGCCGAGAGACUCCACCGGCGGGUUGCUGUUUGGGGCGUACAUCCUGGCCAGCUUUGGAGGCGGCUAUGCCGUGAUGAUGGGCAUGCAGAUUGCCAACACAGCCGGGUAUACGAAGCGGAGUCUGGCGAGUUCGGGCAUCUUCGUAGGCUAUUGUCUGGGCAACUUCGUCGGACCACUCCUCUUCAAACCCGAGGACGCCCCCGUUUACGCACCCGGCUUUAUCGCCGUGGUCAUCACCUCGGCGGUCGCUGCCGUUCUGUCCAUCGUGUACCGACUCAUCUGCGUCUGGGAGAACAAGAAGCGGGACAAGGCGGGCACAAUGGAGGCGUUCGAACACGCUUACGAGGACGAUUUGACGGACAAGAAGAAUCCGCAAUUCAGAUACACGCUUUAA